AUGGCGAAAUUUAUUGCACAGAUAAUUGUUCUUGGUGGUCAAAUAGUUGCAAAGGCUUUUACGCAAGCUUUGCGGCAAGAAUUCCAGGCAGGAAAUGCAGCGAGACGGGCAGCCGGUAGUGCCCAAGAAGGGACUCGUCAAGCAGCGAAAAAUAGUUUGAUGGGUAUGACUUUAGAAGAAGCACAGCAAAUCUUGAACGUAAAAGAGUUGAACCCUGAGUCAGUGGAGAAAAGUUUUAAAUAUUUGUUUGAAAUAAACGAUAAAAAGAAAGGAGGGUCAUUCUACUUACAAUCAAAGGUGUUUCGUGCAAAAGAGAGACUUGAUGAAGAAUUUGCCGAAGUAAAAAAGGAAGAGAGCAAAAAAGCCAACUCUGAUUCUAAUUAA